GCUCGGGCAACCACGACCCCAAUUGCCCCUCUCGUUUCCCAAAUUCAUGCAAGCAUUGCAGAUCACGCGCGCUAAACGCCAAAAGCACCGUUUCUCGGAAGUCGCGAAAGAACUUACGCGCCAUUUCUUCUCAGGUCUCAACCGUACCUCGGACACGGCGUCCGGCCCUGCCGUUAGUUGAUGUCAAAAUCCAAGGCUCGCUCUGACUUGCUGCGGUUGGUAGACUCGGACUCGGAGGACGAAUUCGGAGGUCGCGCGUUGGAGGUCGCGCGAAUAGCCACCGUUACUCACUCAAAAAAGCAGAACUGCACGAUGCCGCCAACAAAGAGAGCGAGGGCAGGCCGCCAGCCCGCGAACAGGGUUACCAAGCCCGCGCCGAAGACAUCAAACUCGAGACGACGCCCAAGCGAUCGGAUAGCCGCAGCUGCGGAAGAGGCCAUAACAGGAGGGCGGACGGGUGCCAACUCGAAGGGAACGGGUCGCGGGCGAGGACGAAGGCGCGGAGCGGCCGUAGAGGAAGGAGAGCAGCAGGAGGACACAGUCAUGACAGAAGCGUCCGCUCCUGCUGCCGUUACGCCGCUAGCGACAAAGCAGAAGGGCUCGCGCGGGCGACCCAAGAAGGUGGUCAUCGAGGCCGAGACGAAUCCCGCUGUCACGCGGAGAGGGAGGAAAGCAACAGUGAGGAACGCCGAAGUUGAAGUAGAGGAAGUGUCCGAAACCCCCGAGACCCAACAACCGGAUGCAACACAAAGCGGUGUCGACGACGGCCGGGACGACCUAGCAGAUCUACCCAUGUCGCAAACGCCAGCCCGUGUCGGUGCCGGUCGCGGCAGCGCACCGCUUCUCAGCAGCAUAUCGAAGCGGCCGUUACACGGAUCAUCUCCUGACAAGAGCGAACCUGCGCUUCGCCGUCGACUCGGAGAGAUGACGCAGAAACACGAAAGCCUGGAACACAAGUACCGGGAUCUCAAGGAGAUAGCCGUGAAGGAGGCCGAGCGCAACUUCGACAAGCUCAAGAAACAGUCGGAAGAGAAAUCGAGGGCCGCCGACCAACUCAUUACGACCUUAAAAGCGGAGCUAGCCGCUCAGAAGGAAGCUUCGAAAGAGAUCCAGUGGCUCAAAACGCAGCUCGAAGAAAGCGAAUCCAAGACGGGCGUACUCCAAGCCAAGGUUACAGAGCUCACCACUGCCGUGGCAGACUCUAAAGCUGAGAUCAAGUCCCUCAACCUCAAGCUGACCGCCGCCCGCAACGCCGAAGCGGCCGCCACGGCAGCGGCCAAGGUCCCAGGCAGCGCGAUGAAGGGCUCGACCGCUGCAUCCCGCCUCGCAGCAGCCAACGCUUCCGAAGCUAUCCAGCGAGCUACUCUGGCGGCGCAAAAGAAAGAAGAUCUCUACGGCGACUUGACCGGUCUCAUAGUGCGCAGCGUCAAGCGCGAGGGCGGCGAAGACAUGUUUGAUUGUAUCCAAACAGGCAGGAACGGGACACUUCAUUUCAAACUAGCAGUCGAAGUCGACACCGAGAACGGUGGCGGCGUGGAAGCCCACUGCCAUUACACGCCGCAGCUCGAUGCAAACCGGGACCGUGCGUUGAUUGCCGUCUUGCCCGGCUACCUGGUGGAUGAGAUCUCAUUCCCCCAAGCUCAGGCGGGCAAGUUCUAUGCGAGAGUACUCAAGGCUCUGAAUGAGCAGCCGGCAGCGUGAGGCUCGUCAUUGUUAUUGUUGAUUGAUCAUGGUGAAAGGGUGAAGCGAGAUGAGUGAAAAGCGAUUGGAUGUCUAUUUCAGAUAAGGGAUUGUAGCGAUAGGGAGGCGGUUAUUAGAGCGGAGGGAGGUGGCCUCGGGCACCUAUAUAAUCUCGAUUCUCGAUUGUCUUGUUUUUCUGGGCGUUUGGGGUUUUGGACCUUGUGGUGUUACCUGCAUUUGAAGUUUGCUCAGGAAUACCUCGGUGGGACGGGCGGAUGUACGGUCACUACGGUGCAUAAGGUACCUAACUGCAUGGGGCUCUAUCUUGGGACUAGGUUCUGGAUUCGGUGUCAACCUUGUUCUGCUAUGGACUACUAGUAAUGUGAAUCAGAGGUUUAUACAACAUCUUUCAACUAGC